UUGUGGGAAAUAUUCACAAACAUUGCAAGAUUUGAGAAACCAUGAAAUGAUCCAUACUGGUGAGAAGCCAUUUAAAUGCGAAAUUUGUUUAAAAAGGUUUAGACUAGCUGUUACUUUUAAAUGUCAUAUGCUUUUACAUACUGGAAAACCCUUUAAAUGUAAAGUUUGUCGUAAAGGCUUUCAAACGGCUCGUGCUUUGAAGGCACAUGAAGCUGCUAAACAUACUGGAAGUAAGCCUUUUGAAUGUGAUGUUUGUGGAAAAUGCUAUGUUGAUCGUUACAGCUUGAAACAACAUAAAGUUACACAUACUGAAGACAAGCCAUUUAAAUGUAAAGAGUGUGAAAAAUGCUUCUUUUUCUCAAGAGCUUUGAAGGAGCAUUCAAAAGUACACAGCUUGGAGAAGCCUUUCAAAUGUGCAGUUUGUCAAAGGGGUUUCAUACGACAACACUCUUUAGAAAUUCAUAAAAGUGCUCACCAUGAGGGCAAACGUUUUAAUUGCAAGCUGUGUAAGAGUUCUUUCCUUUACCAAAAGUCUUUAAAAAUGCAUGAAAUAACAUGUGAAAGGAAAACAAGAGGCUUUAAGUGUCACAUUUGUGAUCAAUCAUUUGGGAAAUUUAGUGCCUUAAAAUCACACAGACUAUCGCAUAGUAAUGAAAAUAUGUACAAUUGUAAAUUAUGUGAUAAGGUGUUUGAAACCCCUGGUGAUUAUGAAACCCAUCAAUCUUUUCAUUUAAAAGAGAACAAAUUUAGAUGCAAAUUCUGCAUGAGGUAUUUCAAUGACUGUGAUGCAUUAAGAUUGCAUGAAAUGUUCCAUACUGGAGCAACACCAUUCAUAUGUAAACAGUGUCAAAUGGGUUUUGAAACUAGAAUUGAAUUGAGAAAACAUGAGAUACUUCACUCUGCCAAACAGAAACUUACUAAAUUUGAUAAGGAAUUCAAAUGCAAAGUUUGUUCAAUGACUUUUAUGCAGACUUCUACGUUGAAAAUCCACGAAAUGACACAUUCUGAAGAAAAAACAAUUAAAUGUUCAAUAUGUGAUAAGAAAUUCUCCAGACCAUUUGACUUAAAGAUUCAUGAAAGGGUCCAUAAGUAACUGAGAUCAUUUGUGUUUAUCAUUAUGUUAUCAAUAUGCUUGAAUGUAUUAAAAAACUGUAUGUAUAUCACUUGUAAUAAAAUAAAAACCAAAAUACAAAUAGUGACAAUUUUUGUGCAGUCAUAUUCUAGUACACAAUACAAUUUAAAAGUUAACUGAAAUAAUAAAUCAUGUUGCUUUAUGAUUGUAACUCAAAAAUAAAUUCAUUUGGAGAAGUAUACAGUAUGUUCAAUACAGAAUUUAAGCCAUGGACUCU